AUGUUUAAUAAUCAAGAAGAAGACAUAACCGAAGAAUAUCAACAAUCCGUUGCUCUGAACCUCCAAAUGCAAGCGUUUAUAGGGGAGAUGAGGCGUAUGUUGAGGGCGGAAUUAGAGCCUAUUCACGAGAGGUUGGACAAGGGCAGGUUCGAGCGUGGGUAUGGGAAUAGAGAAGCUAGGAUGGGUAGGCCUAGGAGGGAUAAUGAUUUAGGGAACAUAAAGAUUAAAAUCCCAUCUUUUCACAAUUACUCGGAGUUAAAGAAGGUUAAGUUGGCUGCAAUUAAAUUUUCCAAUUAUGCUAUUGUUUGGUGGGAUCAAUUACUGAUUAAUAGGAGGAGGAAUAGAGAGCCACCCAUGGACACUUGCGAGGAGAUGAAAAUGCUUAUGAGGAAGCGUUUUGUACCCAAUAACUAUUUUAGGGGAUUGUAUCAAAAGUUGUAGAGGUUAACUCAAGGUUCUAAGAGUGUGGAUGAGUAUUACAAGGAGAUGGAGGUAGCUAUGAUCUGGGCUAAUGUAGAAGAGGACCGGGAAGCCACUAUGGCUAGAUUUUUUCAUGGUUUAAAUUGUGAGAUUGUGGAUAUAUAUGAGAUGUAACACUAUGUUGAGUUGACGGAUAUGGUACAUCAAGCCAUAAAGAUGGAGGAACAAUUUAAACGAAAGAGAUUGGCUAGGAGGGGACAACCUAUGGCUACCACCAGUCCGUGGAAGACAGCUCCAAAAAGGGACGAACAGCUACAAAAUAAGCCAAAACUUGAACUAUCUAAGAAUGUCAACUCCAAGACCGUCACUACUUUAGGUAACACCGAGGCUUCGAGUUCUAAAACACGUGAUAUUAAGUGUUUUAAAUGUCAGGGGCAGGGACACAUAGCCAGCCAGUGUGUAAACAAAAGGGUGAUAGUGAUCAAUGCUCAAGGAGAGCUUGAGUCGCAGAAUGAGGAAGGAGAUGUCGAUGAUGAGCAAAAUGCUGUGGUUGGAGAUUUAUUGGUAGCAAGGCGAGUUCUCAAUGCGCAGGUUAAGGAGGAAGAAAGUAACCAAAGGGAGAACUUGUUUCAUACCCGGUGCUUUGUAAAUAACAAAGUUUGCAGUGUCAUUAUCAAUGGAGGGAGUUGCACAAAUGUAGCCAUCACUUAUUUGGUGGAGAAAUUGGCCUUAACUACCUUGAAACAUCCUCAACCUUACCGGCUUCAGUGGCUGAAUGAAUGUGGCGAAAUCAAGAUGACAAGACAAGUGUUGGUUGCAUUAUCCAUUGGCAAAUAUGAGGAUGAGGUGCUUUGUGAUGUGGUUCCUAUGCACGCAUGCCAUUUAUUGUUGGGGAGACCAUGGCAGUAUGAUCUGAGGGAGUUUGAAGACGUCCUUCUUGAAGAGGUACCUUAUGGUUUACCUCUAAUCCGAGGGAUUGAACAUCAAAUUGAUCUCAUACCUGGUGCAUCAAUUCCAAACCGACCUGCUUAUAGGAGUAAUCCCGAAGAGACCAAGGAACUUCAGAGGCAAGUAGGUGAAUUAUUGGAGAAGGGGUAUGUGCGUGAAAGCACAAGUCCUGGUGCGGUUCCGGUGCUAUUAGUUCCUAAGAAGGAUGGAACAUGGAGGUUUGUUGUUAGUAAGAGAGGAAUUGAGGUGGACGAGGAAAAGGUGAAGACAAUCCAAGAGUGGCCAACGCCUACAACAAUUAGCCAAGUGAGGAGUUUCCACGGCUUAGCUAGUUUCUAUAGACGGUUUAUGCGUGAGUUUAGUAGCUUAGCUGCCCCUCUUACUGAAGUCAUCAAGAAAAAUGUGUCAUUUAAGUGGGGGAAAGAACAAGAAAAGACAUUUAAUCGGAUCAAAGAUAAGUUAACUAAUACACCUUUGCUUGUUUUACCUAACUUUGCUAAAACUUUUGAAAUUGAGUGUGAUGCUUCAGGAAUAGGUAUUGGAGCUGUUUUGAUGCAAAAAGGCCGUCCAGUUGCUCAUUUCAGUGAAAAGUUGAGUGGGGCAGCCCUAAAUUACCCCACUUAUGAUAAGGAGUUGUAUGCCUUGGUAAGGGCUUUGGAAAAUUGGCAACACUAUCUAUGGCCAAAGGAAUUUGUGAUUCACACAGAUCAUGAAUCUUUGAAGCAUUUGAAAGGACAGCAAAGGUUGAACAAACGCCAUGCCAAGUGGGUGGAAUUCAUUGAAACAUUUCCUUAUGUGAUCAAAUACAAGCAAGGUAAGGAAAAUGUGGUGGCUGAUGCAUUGUCCCGAAGGUUUUAUAAGCAUGAUGGAUUUUUGUUUCGAGAAAAUAAGUUGUGUGUGCCUAUGUGUUCUUUGCGUGAAUUGCUUGUGAGAGAAGCUCAUGGUGGUGGUUAUGGUCAUUUUGGUGUAGCUAAGACUUUAGGAAUUUUGUAUGAUCAUUUUUUCUGGCCUCAUAUGAAACGUGAUGUGGAAAGAAUCUGUGAGAAAUGUAUUACAUGUAAACAGGCUAAGUCUAAGUUAAAACCCCAUGGUUUGUACACCCCUUUGCCAAUACCUAGUGAACCUUGGACUGGUAUUUCUAUGGAUUUUGUUUUAGGUUUACCUAGGACUAAGAGGGGGAGAGAUUCAGUUUUUGUGAUGGUUGUUGCAUGUCAUAAAACUAAUGAUGCAUCACAUAUAGCUGAUUUGUUCUUCAAAGAAAUUGUUAGGUUACAUGGUAUGCCUAGGACCAUUGUUUCUAAUAAGGAUGCAAAGUUUUUGAGUUACUUUUGGAAGACUUUGUGGGGAAAGUUGGGAACCAAGUUGUUGUUUUCUACUACUUGUCAUCCACAAAUGGAUGGUCAAACUGAAGUAGUAAAUAGAACUUUGUCUUCUUUGUUGCGUGCUAUCAUUAAAAAGAACUUGAAAACAUGGGAAGAUUGUUUGCCGCAUGUUGAAUUUGCAUACAAUAGAAGUAUACAUUCUGCAUCUAAGUUUUCACCAUUUGAAAUUGUUUAUGGCUUUGACCCAUUGUCACCUUUGGAUUUAACUUCUUUACCUUUGAAUUGGGUUUGGUUGCACUUAAGGAAUGACCGUUUUUCGGAGAAACGGCAUUCAAAACUCCUACCUCGGGGUGACGGACCAUUUCAAGUAGUAGAACGCAUCAAUGAUAAUGCCUACAAGCUUGACUUACCAGGUGAGUAUGGUGUCAGUGCCAGCUUUAAUAUUGCUGAUUUGUCUCCUUUUGAUGUAGGUGAUGAUUUGAGGACAAAUCCUUCUCAAGAGGGGGAGAAUGAUGGAAACCAAGGAGCUGGACAUGUUAAUCAUACAAGUGGGAAUGGAGCUGAGUUUGCACAAGAUUCUUUGUCACUUUCUAGUGGCCCAAUUACAAGAUUAGAGCCAAACAUUUCAAGGAAGUAUUAA